GGCGAAGCAAUGGAACUCGACGAGUCAACUCCUUUCGUUGACAUAACCGAUCAAGUCAGUUUCGAUACACAGUUUGGUAUGAUGGGGAUGGCGUUUCAUCCUAAGUUCGCAGAGAACGGGAGGUUCUUCGCGUCUUUCAACUGUGAUAAAGUCAAGUCUCCUGGAUGCACUGGUCGCUGUGCUUGUAACUCUGAUGUAAACUGUGAUGCUUCUAAGCUUCCUAAAGACGAUGGUGACCAGCCUUGCCGUUAUCAGACCGUUGUGGCUGAGUAUACAGCGAACGGUACUUCUUCAAGCCCUUCAACGGCAAAGACUGGUAAGGCGUCUGAAGUGAGGAGGAUUUUCACUAUGGGACUUCCUUAUUCGUCGUCUCACGGUGGUCAGAUUCUCUUUGGACCUGAUGGGUAUUUGUAUCUAAUGACUGGUGAUGGUGGAGGAGUUUCAGAUACUCACAACUUUGCACAGAACAAGAAGUCUUUGCUUGGCAAAAUCUUGAGGCUUGAUGUUGAUGUUAUGCCAAGCGUGUCUGAAAUCUCUCAGCUUGGUUUAUGGGGAAACUACUCUAUCCCAAAGAGCAACCCUUUCCAAGGCAAUGCAGAUGAACAAGGUGAGAUUUAUGCUUUAGGGCUUCGAAACCCGUGGCGUUGCAGCUUUGAUUCUGAGAGACCAGAGUACUUCUUGUGUGCUGAUGUCGGAAAGGAUACAUAUGAAGAAGUUGAUAUCAUAACAAUGGGUGGAAACUAUGGCUGGAGAAUCUACGAAGGACCUUACGUUUUCUCUCCUUUGUCGCCUUUCGGAGAGAAUGUUUCUGAGGUCUCUAACCUAACUUUCCCUAUUCUUGGUUACAACCACUCUGAAGUUAACAAACAUGAAGGAUCUGCUUCCAUCAUUGGAGGUUACUUCUAUCGUUCCAACACUGAUCCUUGCUCUUAUGGCACGUACUUGUAUGCAGAUCUUUACGCAAACGCGAUGUGGGCAGCGAUAGAGUCACCAGAAGGUAGCGGUAACUUCACUGACUCUCAAAUACCGAUUAAAUGCAGCCAAGAUUCACCGGUGAAGUGCACGGCGGCACCAGGAGGAGCUGACUCAGGACCUGCACUUGGUUACAUCUACUCUUUUGGACAAGACAAUAACAAGGACAUACACUUGCUCACAAGCUCGGGUGUGUACAGAGUUGUUCGUCCUAGCCGUUGUAACUUUGCUUGCUCCAAGGAAAAUACUACUGCCUCUAGUGGAAAACAGAGCCCUAGCGGUGCUGGGCCUCCUCAGUCUCUACCUUCUUCUGCAAGAAAUCACUGUUUCUCUGUAUUUAUGUCGUUGUCGUUGUUGAUGUUGUCUGUGUGUUUAACUGUCUUACAAUGGUGAUUUGUUAUUGUUUCAAACUGUUUUGUUACAGCACUUGUGAGCGUUGUUCAAGAUCUAUUUAAAGCGUGUGUUAGAAGGAA